CGGCACUGACCCCCACACUGCUCUGGCUCUGGCCCCGGACUCGAAGCCGACCAAGGAGAAAUCGGAGGAGCCGUCGCUGCAGCACCUGGACCCUGACGAGAUGAGCAUCAGGAUAGGUAGAGCCGGACCGCUCUCAGAUAAAAUCGAGAAUGGAGACGUCCACCAGAGACGGAGAGGACCACAUUCAGGCCUCUCGGAAGGACAGGAGCCUGGGAGCAAACAGCAGGAAGGAGCUGGCCAGUCGGGGAGCAGCUGGAGGCGAAUUCUCCUCCUCAUUCUCGCCAUCACCAUCCAUAACAUUCCAGAGGGCUUGGCUGUUGGAGUUGGCUUUGGAGCUAUAGGAAAGACUUCAUCUGCUACCUUUGAGAGUGCCAGAAAUUUGGCCAUCGGCAUUGGAAUCCAGAAUUUCCCAGAAGGCUUGGCGGUUAGCCUGCCGCUCCGGGGUUCGGGAGUGUCGACAUGGACAGCUUUCUGGUACGGGCAGCUGAGCGGCAUGGUUGAACCUGCUGCCGGGCUGCUGGGCGCCCUCGCUGUCGUGUUGGCAGAACCUCUGCUGCCCUACGCUUUGGCGUUCGCUGCCGGGGCGAUGGUCUACGUGGUGGUGGACGACAUUAUUCCAGAAGCUCAAGUCAGUGGAAACGGGAAGCUGGCCUCCUGGACCUCCAUCCUGGGCUUCGUGGUGAUGAUGUCUCUGGACGUAGGGCUCGGCUGACUCCACCGUGACGUUCGUCCAACCCUCGGUGGCCAUGAUCACAUCACAAUGAUGCUGACCUCCGUUUUUUAUAAAAGGACCAAAUGAAGUUUUUCACUUCAGUCAGAAUCGUUGCCACUUGAAGCUGACGGCCGGAAAUGUAGAAGUGUUUUUUAAAACAAGUUGAAAAUGCAGUCGUCCUUGAACAUCUCUCUUUAUUACAAUUAAUAUGUGCAGUGGAAGAGCAGUGGACACUUUUCUUUAAUUUAAAAUCAUAUCUUGAAGGAAUAAUUCAAAUGUCAACACUGGUGAAUGUUUCUUCUUGAAGUCUUUCUCAAAAACAUCAUUCAAAAGGUGAAUGAGUGUGUUUCAGUUUGCUUUUUUCCAGUUUUCUCAAGGUGGUGAUGCUUAAAGUUUAAUGCUCUGAUUGAUGUUUACUGGUUCUCCAAAUGAAUGACUUGAUGUUGCCUUUUGAAAACAGUGAAGCACAAUGUGAUUCAUGCAGUACAAAACAUGAAAAUUUGACUUUUUGAAGCUACAGAUUUUGGAAUUCAUAUAAUUUUAACAGUGCUCUCAUUAAUUGUUUGUGAACUGUUUGUUUUCUAUAACAAACUAAGAAGAAGACGUUUCUGCAUUCAAGUUUCCUGUUGAUGUUAAAAUCUGUCAAAUUAACAGAAGAACAUCUGAGGUAUUUAUAUAAUUCAACAGUCAGGUAGUUCUAUUUUCACCUGGAGACAAGACAGUGUAUGAAAAAUUGGCAAUUCAAAGGAAAUAAACAUUACUCCUGCAUCAACAAAGCCAAUUCAGCCCAGCCAAUGUUUUUUUUUUUAAAUUUCACCUGUUCUCUCCAUUUCAGUCAGAUCGAAGCUUCAGUAUCCAUCCUUGCCUUCUAUUGGUCCUUCAAACAGAUUAAAGUCUCAAAAAGCCUCUUCUUCACUUCCUGCUACCAUGUCGACUUGUCAUUGGACUCCAGCUUCCUCAUCAAAAGAGAAUUUUUAAAAUCUGUAAACAUCCUUCCCUUGUACUGACCCUUUCAACAGAUCACCUAUUCGUAGUAAGUCCCAGGAAGUGUCUUUUUUUGACUAUUUGUAAUUUCACGCCAGCCUCCUGGUCUUUUCCACUGGUAAUUCUCAGAGAAUGCACUGCAUCAGGAGCAGUGGGAUACAUAAACAAUUGAAUCCAAACCUGAUA